AUGGAAGAGGAAGAAAUCACUGCAACAGAUCCAACAUUCACAUGGGUAGGCCCCUCAAAUGACACUGCCAGUUAUGUUGCACAAGUUCGCACUAUUUUCCAGCCUUGUGCAUGUCCACACUCCAAGGUUGAAACCCCUCUGUAUCUCAACCAUCCCCUUGUUUAUCUACAGCCCUUCCAUGUUAUUGCCACCCUGCAGCAGCAACCUGAGGUGCAGAUGUGGACCCUGGAAAGGUGCUUCUCCCAUAUGGAGGAAGGCAGAGAGAUGCAAGAGGGACUGGUCAUGCCCAUUACUUGGAUCUUGCAUGUGCUAGAGCUUGUCCCCAUUUUUGGCUCUGAAAAGGUGCCACCUACCAUAUCAUCUGCUACAUCACAAGAGCUUUACCACUGUUUUUUCCUCAAUCACUUUGCAGACAAAAAGAUAUUCAACACAUUCCAUGGGGGGGGGCUCAUUUUGCUAACAAUCUCUGUCCUCCAGAUGGACUUUCGACCAAUCAGAUGCAUUUCUCACAUGAAAUGUGCUGGUAAUCCAAGUGGCCCGCUUGUUCGAACUGCAGAUGUAAUUCAGGAUGUAAAGGGUCUCUGA